ACAGCCAUGAGCCCCCGGCGCUGCCCCCCUCGGCCCGAGAUGCGGCCUGAGAUGCUGCCCGAGAUCGCCGCCGCCGUCGGGUUCGUCUCCGGCCUCCUGCGGACGCGGGGCUGCGUCAGCGAGCAGCAGCUGCAGGUCUUCGGCGGGGCGCUGCGGGAGGCGCUGGCAGAGCACUACAAACACCACUGGUUUCCCGAGAAACCCUUCAAAGGCUCCGGCUACCGCUGCAUCCGCAUCAACCACAAAAUGGACCCCAUUAUCAGCAAGGCAGCUAGCCAGAUCGGACUCAGCCUCCCGCAGCUCUACCAGCUCCUGCCCAGCGAGCUCACGCUCUGGGUGGACCCCUACGAGGUCUCUUACCGCAUCGGGGAGGACGGCUCCAUCUGUGUCUUGUACGAAGCGACCGCCACGAAACCCGGGAGCUCCUACGGGAUGCUCACCUGCAAGAACCAGAUGAUGUUAGGUCGCACCAGCCCUUCCAAAAACUACAUCAUGACUGUCUCCAGCUAAAUACUCCUCACGUCCUUACACUGCCAAGACCCGGGCUACUGUAUACCUCAUCUGAGGAUCUAUUUUUAAAAUGAAGAGCUAUUUAUAUUUUUUAAGAAAAUCCAAGAAAAUCCAAAAUUAAAAUAUUGGGCACUGCUUCAGACAGGAGCAGUGUUUUCGGUGCCUUUUUUAAAGCUGUUGCAAGCUUAUGAGUUUUUAUUAUGAAGCCGAUAUCUACCUAAUUAGUGUUGGAUGGCAAUUUCAGUGGGCUGGCUUGCUCACUUGGGCACCUUGGAAUGGAGGAAGAGGGGGAAGAGGUAGGCUGGGAAGUGUGGCUGGUGGGGGGAGAUGUCACCUCCUCCCUGUCCUGGUCCCUAGCAGUGUUGUCACCAAGUGUUGCGAUACUGCUGGGGAAGGGACAAGGGACAUCUUUCCUUCACCAGUUUCACUUCCCAGCUCAUCUGAUCUCUGUGGCCUGGAUAAAUAAUAUAGGGGAACCUUGCCCUAAGGGCUGGGUGAUGCUGGGGGCCCUGGGACCUCUCCUGCUUCUGCUUUUCUGGACCAACCAACUCUGAGUGCUGCAGCUCUGGGCUGCCCCCCUGGAGCACAGAGCAAGGGGCAGUGCAUGGGCGGUCGCCAGCCCUUCCAUCUCCUGCCUGCUGCUGGGCUGAGGGGCCCUGGGGGUGUCCUCGCCAUGUGAAACACCCGAGGCAGAGAUGUGGUGGCUGGGGAGCACCAGGCUGUGCUGUGGAGGUCCCCAGGAUGAAUACUGCAGAUGCUGUGGUGGCACCGGCGUGCUCUUUGUUCCUGGUGCUCCCCAGUACCUGGCUGUCACCACAGCUUUCUGCAUGCUGGCAGGGUGCUCCAGACCCUGAAAUCAGCUCUGAAUUACAAGGCCUGCCUGCUCUGGAGGGCUUGGACAUCCUGCCUGUGGCCUCUUGCGUGUAAAAAAUUGCCUAAUCUGGUGCUGACGACCUGCUGUGUCACUUCUCUGGAAGAGCUGAAGCAACUUGCCUUGUGCCCUAGAGGUUGGUGUCAGAUCCUCUCUUGCCUUCUCUCCUAAAAUCCUGAAGUAUUGGGGAUCUCUGCCCCCUGUGCUUGCUGCAGUUCUGAGGCUGGGGUGCUCAGGUGCUUUGGGGUCAGUGUUGCUUUUAAAUUUCCACCUCUUCCCUCUCUUCCUCCUCUGGGUGCUCAGCAAGAGGCUGACCCUGGGAGCUGGCUCAACUUAUACCUUGUUGGGGGCACCACCUGGUUCCUAUUUCUUGGUACACAACUGUUUUGCACAAUUAAUGCCUGGUCCUGUGCUUUGCCCAUUCAAGCAGAACUCCUCGUGGAGUGCCCGCGGUACUUGUAUUCAGGGAGACUUGCCUGAGCGUCGUUCAGGAUUUGGCCCUUAAACUGCUCUGGCUACUACAGGUUGGGUGGGAACCAGCAGUGCUGCCCCAAGAACUUUUAUCUGCCUGCUGGGGAAUGAGCCUUUACUGGGAUGUUGUAUGUCCGUUGCCUUUUUCCUAACCAGCUGGUGCUCCUCCAGUGAUCCUGGGAGAAGCGAUUGAAAAACCAGGGCAUUGACGUGGUUUGUUCUAAUAAAACUUUCCCCGAGCUGUUUCGCAGCAUGCUCUUACCUUCCUCUUUUCUUGACCCAGCAGCUGACUGGCAUAACCAGAGUUGUUCUUUCCCAGCCUUUGAUGAAUCAAGUUCUCAGACAAUUGUGCAAUAUAUUUCAAAACCCUGAACGCUCUGGGAGAGGAAGGAAGCCUCCUGUCUGCCACAGUUCUUAGCUUUUGUUUUUAAUAUUAAAAAUAGCAUAGCUUCCCCAACUUGGACUGCUUUUCAGGUGGAAAAGUAAGUUCAGAUUUCUGUAGCAGUUUCAAAUCACGAUUUCCUGAACUGGAAAACCAGCCUUGAUUGGUAACUCACCACUUGACAUUUUAACAGGAUCUGUUUGUCCCUGAGCAGUAAUAGGCAGCAGCUCUGAAGUUGCAUCACUUCCCUCUGCAUCACUCGAAUCUCUCACAUCUCCAAAGCAGAAGCUGAAAGAAGCACCGGGGCUUUUCCCUCGGUGGCCUUGUGCAAUAGGUGACAUCACCGAGAGGGGAGUGCUCGGGAACUUCCAAAAAGCAAGCUCCUUUUCCAAGGAAAAGGGAUCUGAGUUCAAGUCAUCACUUAAAAAUCUGCUUAUGUGGGAAGCUCCUGAGGAGAGCAGCGAUGUCGCUGGGACGAGCGCUGUGUGCUCUGCUGGGCUCCUGGCUGGGUGGGGAGUUUUCCUGGAGGCUGGCACUUGGGUUGUAAUUUGUCAUGAUCGGUGCAGUUUUAAGGUUUUACCCCUCUAUUACCCUGUUCCCUCCCUCUUACCAGAAAAGAGCUCAUGAGGAACGGCAGCCCACACCAAAGGAACACACUAAUCUUAGCGUGCCCCCGCUCACAAAACAAAAAUAGCCAAGUUCUCUGUCCCCGGUGUGGAGGAGUCUGGUGUUAAAGGUGUUGUUAGCUUCAAAGCCACCCGGAUCUGGGUGCGAUCCAUUUCUCUUGUAGCUGGUUCCAUGUAAAAGCUGUGAAUUAGUGUGCUGUUGCCUUUUUUGCCUACAAGCCUGAUACUCACUUUUAGAGCCGGAUGGUGUGUGUUUUAGGAGCGUGUCUUGGGGGGGGGAUUCCUCUCCCCGGUUAAACAAGCUGGACUGUUGAACGGGACCUGCUUUUUGUGUCUGGUGAAAAUGGUAGAGAGUUUGUAAGCUACGCUCGGAGGAGGGAGUGGAUGGUUACUAAUUGUAUAGUAGUGUUUUUAUAUACGGAAUGUACAGAUCCUUUGACAGACGUAUGCUUUUGUUACUUUAAUAAAAAUGUAGCAGUA